CGAGGAAAACGAUCUUCGGGUUCAAAAUUUACAGUCCAAAAUGUUGGAGAACUAAAAUGAAUGUUAACCACAUCUUGGAGUGAUUACCGGCUAAUUCAACUGCAGAAUGAAAUCCUCAUAAAUCAAGAACUUUAAGAUAGAAGAUGGAACUGCAACGCAUUUGAGUUGAACAUGUUUUUUAAUUGAAGAGUUGCAAAGAUGACUGAGUCGACGUUUAAUAAACUUGGAGGAAGAGCUGCUUUACUGCUAAUGCUUUCAAUAUAUAUAACAAAAGGGUCUAAUUCUUGUGCACACUUAGGAGAAAAUGGAAAAAUAGAAAACGUCACAGAAAUAAUUCAGAAUAUCCUGUCAAAAACCAACCAUAAACUCUGCAGACCGAUCACUAAUGUAAGCGGAGCGUUGGUUGUAAGGACAAAUAUCAAACUCGUCUCCAUUGGGGACUUCAGAGAAGCAGACAUGCAAUUCACAAUAGAGAUGUAUUUUCGGCAGUCCUGGCGGGAUUCUCGUCUAGCGUUUGGUCAAACCCGCAACAGCACCAUUCCUAGCGUCACGCUGAAUGGAGAACUGAGUGAUACUUUGUGGCAACCUGACACUUUCUUUGAAAAUGAAGUGGAAGGCAAAAUACAUGGCUUGACGAUGAAGAAUAAAUACAUGAGAAUAUACAAUGAUGGACGUGUCCUGACUAGCACCAGAAUUACUCUGAUUUGUUCUUGCCCGAUGGAUUUUCGCAAGUUUCCCAUGGAUGAACAAGAAUGUGGAAUAUAUUUUGCGAGUUAUGGCUACACUACAAAAGACAUUAUUUACGAUUGGGAGUCUCAGCACGAAACGUGGAAUGGAAAGCAAGAGAUUCCUCAGUUUGAGAUUCGAGAUGUCGCCUUGAUUAACAAGACACAGGAGUUCCUAACAGGAACGUUUUCUUCUCUUGGAAUCAAGCUGAACCUCUCUCGUCGACUGGGCCACUAUCUCACAAGAGUUUACAUUCCUGCCAUUCUUAUCGUCAUGUUAUCGUGGUUGUCAUUCUACGUCGACAGGCAUUCGGCUCCCGCUCGUGUAUCACUCGGGAUUACGACAGUUCUAACGAUGACUACCCUUCUUAUUGGAGUAGGACAAGGAUCCAUGCCUGUUGUGUCGUAUGUCAAGGCGUUGGACUGGUAUUUAUUUGUGUCGUAUUUUAUGGUAUUUGCUGCUUUUGCGGAGUACGCAGUGAUUAAUUACAGGGACAAAGCGUAUUCUUUGGAAAUGAUAAAGAAGCAAAGGAGGGAAGCGACCGCGAAAAAGACUAAACAAAACGGUAUAGCUGUCAAGAAAACUAAACCAGAAGAAACACCAGACACCAUCUACUCAAACGCCGUUCAUCAUGAAGUUUUUGACAUUUCAGACUGUCCUCCUUCAUCCCCACAACAAGAUAAAAGAAUAGGGAUCUUGGAAUGGAUUAAUGAAUCCCUUUCUCCUCCUGAAAAAACCGAUAAUUUAGCUAAAAAGAUAUUUCCUUUGGUUUUUAUCAUGUUUAAUGCGGGGUAUUGGUUGUAUUAUCUAGUCUUUAGUAGGUAGCUAAGUCAUGUGGACAAACUCCUGGUUUUCUAAAGGAUAAAACAUGAAUAGAGACCAGGGAAAAAAUAAUACACUAUUUUCUAUAAUUUUUUUCUUCCUGGUUAGACUGUUAAGGCAUGUUAUCAAACCACUUAUUUCUGGAGUGAAUAACUUUUUUUGGAUACCGGCGUUAGACUUGCUGUUUUGCAUAUGGUUGCUAAAAACACUAAUGGGACUGAAGCGAAAGAAAAAACCAAUGGGAAGCAACCAUCAGGUCAAGUGGCCAAUCACUGGAUUUCUAGGAGAGAAAAGCCAAUGGGAAGCAACCAUCAGGUCAAGUGGCCAAUCACUGGAUUCUAGGAGAGAAAAACCAAUGGAAAGCGACCACCAGGUCUAGUGGCCAAUCACUGGAUCAGUGGAUUACUAGGACAGAGAACUUAUGAGAAAGUGAAUGUCUGAGGUAAUGUUGCUAGAGCAACCAUUAAGAGGUGGCAACCAUUAAGAGGUCACGUGUUCAUUGGUCCAGCGACAACUGGACUAUAACAAGACGUAAAACUUAGGUCACCUGGUUAUGCACUUGAUUCAGUUUUAGGAUUGAACAACCAAGCCUUUCCGGAUUUGAAGAAAGGAUUGAGGACGAGUGUACAAAUAUCAAUCUAAAUAAAAAACAAACCCCAUCACAUGAAAGAGCCACACUAAGUUAUUCAGCUUAUCGAGUGAAUGUUUGGACGAAUACUGACUGAUUAGCAGGCUUUAAAUAAACCCUAAAAAUAUAAGAGAGAAUGUAUGGUUUUUGGGGACGCUGUCAUCAAACCCCAAGUACAUUCUCUCUUAUCAUUGCGGCUUUUAAAAGCUAGCUAGCUACUCUCCUCCGAAGAUAUUUAUCCAAACAUCAUCUCAAACUCGGUAAUAGUAAUAAUAUUUGUAUUAUCGUUUAUGCGAUGUGGAUUAUUUCUUAGUUAUUGGUAUUUUCACUCUGCCCCAGUCCCUUCCUCAAUCAUGGCUACCAAGGAGGCGAUCAAUAUCAAUAACCCACGUGGUCAUACACUUGGACCGUCAACUCGUGGACCAAUAGUUAUCUUUCCAGGUCGCAUGGGCAUCAUUCAGUUUCUUCGAGACAAAAUAUUAUGAUAUACAUCUCAGUCUGUAUACAAAUUGAAAGUUUUUAAAAUUUGAACUAUAGAUAUAUUUAUAUUAAAGAUAUUCAGACUGAACAUAUUGA